AUGAAUGAUAUUGGCACCACUACUUUUCUCGAUAUUAAACAAUAUGGUUCUAAGUCUCCAUCUAGUCUGUUUUCUUCAGAACAUAAACCGGGUUACCAAAUCGAUCUCCCGGCCAUUAACAUGCUUCCGGUCAAAGAUGUUUUAAGAAAUCGCAUUUUAUCUCUCGAUAUUGAUAGAUGUGAAUCAGAUGCUGAAAAUGCUUUUUUCGUCGCGAACCUUGACGAAGUAUAUAAUCAACAUUUUCGUUGGAAAUCGCUUUUGCCACGAAUUGAGCCAUUUUAUGCCGUAAAAUGCAACCCCGACCCACUGCUACUCAGACUCCUUGCCGCAUUAGGAACGGGUUUUGAUUGCGCCAGUAAAGUUGAAAUCCAGACGGUUCUUGAUAUUGGUGUUGAUCCAUCAAAGAUUAUUUAUGCGAAUCCUUGCAAGCAAGCGUCAUUUGUGCGUUAUGCGGCAGAACAUAAUGUCAGAAUGAUGACAUUUGAUAAUUCCGAUGAACUUUAUAAAAUUAAACGUUAUUUCCCAGAUGCUCAAUUGGUACUUCGUAUUCUCACCGACGAUUCCAUGUCGCUUUGCAAAUUGGGCCUAAAAUUUGGCGCUUCCUUAGAUUCUACUGGGUCAUUGCUGCAAACGGCUCGAAAGUUAGACCUGAAUGUAAUUGGUGUAAGUUUCCAUGUCGGUAGUGGAUGUUACGACGAAAAUGCCUUUAUCGAUGCUGUUCAUCGCGCCAAGUUUGUGUUCGAUCUAGCUUCAGAGCUAGGAUUUAAUUUGUAUUUACUCGACGUCGGAGGUGGUUUUUCACAUUCCCGCGAUUGUGAUGGCAUUACCUUUGAAAAAAUAGCUGCUAUUCUUGGACCAGAAAUCGAUAGCUUAUUCCCACCCAACGUUCGUGUCAUUGCCGAACCAGGGCGUUAUUAUGCAGCACCUGCCUUCACUAUUGCGACUCAUAUUAUUGCACGAAGAACUGUACUUAGUAAUGGUGACGUGCAAACCUUGGAUAUGGAUACCGUUUUAAAUGAUGAAUCACCAACUCAGGAAGAUCAUUCAGGAUAUAUGUACCUUCAAGCUGGUGAUUUCCGUUGGGGAAAUGUAGGAGGAAUUUUCACAUUUGGUGAAAAUUUGGGUGAACCCGUGUAUGACUGUAGCAUCUGGGGACCUACAUGUGAUUCAAUUGAUUGUAUUACCACGACAAGUAAUCUUCCCGUUUUAUUACCCGGCGAUUGGUUGUAUUUCGAGGAAAUGGGGGCAUAUACUAUAUGCGCUGCAUCCCAAUUUAAUGGGUUUAAAAAAAGUAAUGUAAUAUACACGGCCACAAAUUCAGAGGAUGAUGUGGAAGACUUAAUGGAGGAUUUAUGGAUUUUGUGUGUUGGGUUUCGCUUACAUUAUCAGCUCGUUGGCCAGCCUAACUGA